AUGCAAGUGCUUUUAUUGGAGAAAAUUGUUCAGAAUCGAAUGGACCUGAUGAUUGAAGACGAAUACGUUGGCCCUCCAGCAGUUCGGAUGCUCGACGAAAUCCUCGACGAGGCCAUUCUCCAGAUGAAUGCCCAUGAGUUCGACGAAGACGAUGACGAGUUCGAAGACGACCAGAUGGAAGUCGAGAUCAUCGAAGAAGUCUUCUACCAAGAGCCAAGAGAUUCUCCGCCUUCUUUGUACACUCUAGCGAUUCGGAAACACCUCGACCAGGGCCUUACAAAGAUUGACACCAUUACUGCGGUCAUGAAAUCGAUGCCCACGAAAGUAGUUGGCGACAUUUUGGAUGAAGCGCGAAAAUCAUGCGUUUGCUCUCACGAUGGAAUUCGUAUUGGGAGCAGCAGAACGGACCUUCCCGGUGCAACAAGUACUUUCACAUUUUAUUCAUACGCCGCGUUUACCCAAAAAGACAUCUUUCAACGCCUCCUGAGAGAAUACGAUCGUUUCAAGCUUCAUACGAUCGUUCAGGAGUUCUUCAAUGCAUACAUCUUCUUUUCCAGAGUCGAUUUUUUGAUCACCAAAUCAGUUGUCGAAACUGGCUGUAGAAAUGGUAUCCCACCGAGGGACCAAGAACACCUUCGAUAUAUCUUGGAUGUGGCUGAUUUUAUGGCUGAAGCAGGGUGGUACAGACAGUCGGCAAUGCUGUUAAAUGAAAUUCUCAUGCGUCUUCCCCAAAGUAAAGGUCUCAGCGUCGUAGUCAAAUGUCUCAGAACGAUGACCGACUCCGUCCAUCAUCUCUGGGUUCGGGUUCAAAACCGACUCGUUUACUCCUACGUCAUGGAGGGAGACAUAAAAGAAGCCAAAACAAUGCUCUCACUUAUCGUCUUGGCAAGAAACUUUCCGGCUGAUCUGCGCGCUGAAUACUAUGGGAAUAUCUCUGGGAUUUUCUACGCCGAGGGAAACUUUCAACAAGCCCUGAAGUUCGCCAUCACUGCAUUCUGCGUAGCACAUAUUGGAGAAGGCUCAGUCUCAAGACGGACAUACAUCGAAGUUUUGCGAUACCUGUCGCGUUCCCUUGCUGUCACUAGAAAUUUUUCCAAAGCGCUUGUUUUCUCGCGAUUAUGCCUCUAUCAUGCGGCCCAGUUCGAGCAUAAAUUUGCUGAUGCUUUGCUGAAUCAUGCUUAUUGCUUGAUGCAGGACGAUAGAAAUCAUGAAGCAAAUUUGUUUUAUCAAAAAGCAAAAGUUCUUCGGGAAAGACAGUUUGGCCGUUAUAACAGUGUCCAGUUAGCAUCAGUUUAUGAAGAUCUAAGCUACUCCUGUUAUGUAAAGAAAUACCGCGUUGGCAACUUCAUUGAAGCAAGACAUUACAUACGAAAAUCGAUGUCGAUCUAUCAAGACAUCUUGCCUAAAGAUCACUUGCAACUCAGCUCGGCGAAGCGAGUUCUAGCGCUUAUCAUCGAAGAAGAAGCUCUCGAUAUUCCCGUCCUUCAUCACCUGCAGAUCGAAGAGCAAAAAUUGAAAAUCUUGAAAACAGAAAGGCUUGAGGAAGCGCAUAAACUUCAAAAGGAGAGUUUAGAAGUUGCUAGGAGGACUUUCGGGGAAUACUCUGUCCUAACCGCCAAGCAUCUUGGGAAUCUCGGCCGUCUCUACCAAUCGAUGAAGCAUUUCGAAGACGCAGAAUCUCUUCAUAAGAAAGCGAUAGAAAUCAAAACCAAGAUCCUUGGCGAUGAUGAUCCGGAAGUAGCUGUCAGUCUUGGCCACCUCGCAUCGCUGUAUAACUAUGACAUGAAGAAAUACAAAAUGGCGGAAAAACUUUAUCUCAAGGGAAUAGAAAUUUGCAAGAAACACCAUGGCGGGCUGUACUCUGGUCUUGAGUACGAUUAUACAGGUUUGAUAAAUGUGUAUCUUAACCUCGGCGACGAAGAGAAACACCAACAGUAUGUCUUUCUUCUUGGAGAUUGGAAGGAUCAGCGCCGUGAAGCCGCAAACCGUCCGAAUUCCUCAAGAAGUCACGAUGAAUUCGAUCCUAAUAUGAGUUUUGAAUCUAUGUUCGAACUCAUCAAACCAAUCGCAGCGGAGUAUAAAAUUUACUUCUCGGGGUGA